AUGGCGCCAAAGGCAGAGAAGAAGCCCGCCGCUGAGAAGAAGCCAGCGGAGGAGAAGAAGUCCACCGUCGCCGAGAAGGCUCCAGCCGAGAAGAAGCCAAAGGCUGGAAAGAAACUCCCCAAGGAGGGCGCCGCUGCCGGUGACAAGAAGAAGAAGAGAACGAAGAAGAAUGUCGAGACCUACAAGAUUUACAUCUUCAAAGUUCUGAAACAGGUUCACCCAGAUAUCGGUAUCUCAAGCAAGGCGAUGGGCAUCAUGAACUCCUUCAUCAAUGAUAUCUUCGAGAAGCUUGCACAAGAGGCCUCAAAACUCGCUAGGUACAACAAGAAGCCGACGAUCACAUCUCGGGAGAUCCAGACUGCCGUGAGGCUUGUGCUCCCCGGCGAGUUGGCCAAACACGCUGUUUCAGAAGGAACUAAGGCUGUUACCAAAUUUACCAGUUCUUAAAUUAGCUGUCUUGUUCUUGUAGUUUUCCUUAUCUUGAAAGUGGUAGGAUGAUAUAAGAUGUUCAUAUGUAUUGUGUUCCUUUACUUUCGCUGGUUUGUGUGUUCAUCUGGAUCUUUUUGAUCCCAAUGUAUCUUUAAUCUAGAAGUUAAUAGACAAUGCUUCACA